AUGGGAACAAAACAAGAAACAGCUCUAGCUGCUCUAAAAACACUGUCAACAUUUCUGGAGCCAUUUCUUCCUAUUGUAAACACACACAUGGUUCACUUUUAUACUGAUCAAGUAUUUGAAAAAUUAAGUCAAGAUUUGCAGUCAGAUUUGAUGGCACUCUCCGAUACUCAGAUUGCUGAGCUUCCCAACGAUUAUCUGAACAUCAGUAAAAGCAAACCAGUUCACAUUGCCUCAAAUUUACUCCAGCUAAUGGAAGAUAUUGAUGAACAUAAUUUAGAUUCUUUAAAUGUUCUUGAUGAUCUCCCGUCAGUGUGGAAAGAGAUGGAUAUAAAGCCCUUAACUUCGUUGAUCCAUUUUGAUAAAUUCAUGACGGUGAAAAAAUCUCACGAGGUUGGAGCCCUUUGCGAUACGAUAGCAUCGUUUGCAAAUUAUACUGAUAGCAAACUGAUUGUUGAUUUGGGUUGCGGAAAAGGAGCGCUAGCAUCGAUGCUAUCACUGAAUCACGGAUUAUACGUCUCAGGUAUCGAUGCUGCCGGUUUUAGCGCUCAUGCAGAGGAGGGAAGACAAUCUAUGCUUCAAAAGACAUUCAAAAGUCAUGUGAAAAAAGCACGUCUUACAGAAGAUGAAGAAGCCGUUGAUUUGUCAGUAAGAUUUAGGCGCUCAACGUUGUACUUAUCAAACAAUUUCGACAUCCGUCCUCUAAUUGAAGAAUGCAGUCAAUAUUUUCAACAGUCAUUUAACCAAGUUGGUUUAGUGGGUCUACAUACUUGUGGAAAUCUGGCUUCAACUUCAGUGCAGCUGUUCGUGAAUUCGCCCGAGUCUCGUUUCUUGUGCAACGUUGGCUGCUGUUAUCAUCUCUUAGACGAAUUUUUCGACAAAAGUAACAGUGGACUUGAACAGGGUUUUCCCCUUAGCAGCCAUUUGAAAUCAAAGAGUUUUUUCCUGGGACGGAACGCCCGAAUGGUCUCUUCGCAGCCGCUAGAACGAUACGCUACGCGCAAACAAAUGCAACCUGAUGUUCUUUUCUAUCGCUCACUUCUACAAGUUAUUCUCGAAGAAAAAUUCCCUUCAACGGAUUCAGUUGAAUUUCAAGUGGGGCGUCUGCGUAAACCUGUCAAUAACUUUCGAGAAUACCUUCAGUGGGCAACAAAAAAGUUAAAGUUGAGUUUAGAGUUGACGGAUGAAGAAAUCGAAGCAUAUCUGACCCGUUACAAUGGAGAUAAACGAAGACAUUUGUAUGCCUUCUUUCAACUUCGUCUACUGCUGGCCAGUUUAGUUGAAUAUGUCAUUUUGCUAGAUCGACUAGUUUACCUUACAGAACAGGAAGUUGUAAGCAAUUCUUUCUUGGUACGGAUAUUUUCGCCCGUGACAUCUCCACGUUGCUACGCCCUCCUAGCCUUUAAGAAGCUCAAAGAAAAAUCCAUUUAAACUGUGUAAUGAAUGAGCGAUUAAUGAAAAUAUAAAUUCUUCCGAGUUGGCGACACCAGAAAA